GUUUUUCUUUAAUUUUCUUUCUUUAUUCUAUAAAUUCCCAAGAUUUUGAUUAAUUUAAUUAAAUCCUCCAAGAGUAAAGGACUUUAGCAUCUUAAGUGUGCCGCUUUUGCAUACGAUGAUCACCACUCGAAGUGCAUCGAUGUAUUGGGUGUCAGUGUAUAUGGCCUCUCCAUCGUACGAUCGCAAGUGUGCAAGAGUUUAGAAAAUUUUCAUGAAUGCACUCGCAAAAAUAAAAUUGUGCAUUUAGUCUGCAUUUUGUAUUCUCACGUGAAACCGCUUAGUAUUGGAGACGAGAAAAAUUUCUUUUCUCUCCUUUUUUUUUCUUUUCGGCGGUUAAGAAAAACGCGACGCGGAGUGAAACGAGGGGGUGUAUGUUUUAGUUUUAAUUUUUUUUUACCAAUGCGGGGGUGGACUUCGGGGGAUGAGAGCUGUUUAUCUGGAUUACGGCACCAGGUAGCGGCUGUGCGCGAAUUUUUUUAUUUAUACAAUUCUAACAUCAACAUAGCCUACAAAUCCACAAAUUAAGGAGAGAAAAAAAAUAUUAAUCCCAAAUAAAAGAGAAAAGAAAUAAACCUCAGAAUAAAGUGGUGUUGUGGGUGCAAUGUGAGUGACAUAGGACGGUUAAUUUUUGAAAAACAAAAAAAGAGAAAGUUUUUCGCGCGCAAAAGUCCAAAGACGUAAAGAGAACAAUCUUGUAGAACGUACAGCCUACAAAUUCGCAAUUCCGCGUGACAAAGGUGGAUCACGAGGUGCUAAAUGCAUGGCUGUGCACGCCUGCCGGUGUCACAGCUAAGACCGAGGCAUUGGACUUGAGCGCAACACAUACACCAACGGACGUUACAUCAAUGAGCACUGAUGUGGAUAGGCUGUACAAAAUGAACACCAGUGACUUCUGGCAGGCACGUGCACCACACAUGAUGCCCAUUAAGGGUGAUAGUCCCACACCAUGCAACCCACCGCUCUCACCUGGGCUCCAGCACCAACUCCUGGCCAAUCAGAUGACCGGACAGAUCCCACAGCCGAAUCCGGCUAAUCACCAGCUACAGCCUAGCCCAACGCCAGGUGGUUCCGGUACACCGGACACAAAACCCACCACUGAGAAGCUCGUCAAUGAGUUCCAGCAGCAACUGACGCGAUCCAAUAGUGCAGCAACGAUCAGUGAGCGAACAUUAGAAGAAUGCUGGUCAACCCUGCAACGAAUCUUCAUGCACAAGAGCGCCAUGCAGAUGCAGCACGCCCGGGAUCUACAGCGAGGUGUGGGCGUAGGUGGGCUCAGUGGAUCUGGCAUGGGUGCAGAAGUAAAGCCACACCAGUGUCAGCAGUGUCUCAAGAGCUUCUCAAGCAAUCACCAGCUCGUCCAACACAUUCGUGUCCACACCGGCGAGAAACCCUACAAGUGCUCAUACUGCGAUCGAAGGUUCAAGCAGCUAUCGCACGUACAGCAACAUACGAGGCUCCACACAGGAGAACGUCCGUACAAAUGUCACUUGCCUGAUUGCGGUCGAGCUUUUAUUCAACUUUCAAAUUUGCAACAGCACCUGAGAAAUCAUGAUGCCCAGGUCGAACGCGCCAAAAAUCGUCCUUUUCACUGCAAUAUCUGCGGGAAGGGUUUCGCAACGGAGUCCAGUUUGCGCACCCACACGUCCAAGGAGUUACAGCUGCAUCUUGGUGUCUUGCAGCAACAUGCAGCCCUAAUCGGUGGCCCAAAUGCUACCUCCUGCCCAAUUUGCCAUAAGCUCUUCCUCGGCGGUGAGGCACUCAUGGAGCACAUGAAGCACACGCACAAGGAUCCAAAUGCAUCCGGAGUGGCCACCAAGAGGCGGACCGCCAACCAUCCGUGCCCCGUUUGUGGGAAGCACUACGUUAACGAGGGCUCCCUGAGGAAACACUUAGCCUGCCAUCCGGAAACAUCGCAACUCACAACAAGUCUCAGGAUGUGGCCAUGUUCCGUAUGCCAGGCUGUCUUUACGCACGAAGCAGGCCUCCUAACGCACAUGGAGCAUAUGAGAAUGGAUCCUAAGCACCAGUUUGCCGCUCAGUACGUCCUAUCGCGAGCAGCAGCUGAACGACGGGAAAGGGAUACCCUGCUAGCUGCUGCGGCGGCAGUUUCCAAUUCCAAUCUCCUUGGCAUUGGUUCAGGUGGUGGUGGGCAGAAUAGCAUGUGCCCCAGCCCGUCGGCGCACUCAGACAGCUCCAGCGGUGGCGGACGCCUGUCGUCGGCGGGCUCAGACCCAGGAGCUGGUCUCCUUAACAAUAACAACAACAACUGCAGCAGUAAACUCAGUGAUAUCCUACGUGGUGCCAACAAUGGGCACUUACAGCAGUACAAUGUGGAUGAUCUGCAUGCCAAUCGAAUGGCAAUGGUUGCAGCCGCAGCGGCUGGCAUCCAGCCGGGUGUGGAUUCCAAUACAGCCGCUGGGGCUGUGCAAGCUGCCGUUGUUAAUCUUGCAGCUGCCAUGCGAAUGCAACAGCAACAGCAACAACCGCCGUCGGUACAAGUAACCGCAACACCACCCGCUGCUACCAAUAAUGGCUCCACAACAGUUCAAGCGCCUGGUGCCUCACCCACCGAUGAGGAUACAGCCAGUGCAGCUGCUCAGGCUGCCAUGAAUGCCAUGCGGGUGUCAAUGGCCGACAGUAUGAUGCGGUCAUCAAUAGGUGUAGAUCCCAUACAUCAUCAGGGCCACCAUCAGAGUCAAAAUUCCCCAGAGGCAGCCCUGAGGAUACAUCAAGCUGAGGCAAUACUGCGAUCUCAAGCGGAGGCCGCCCUGCGUCUGGCUGUCUCCCAAGCAGCAGCCGUGGCGGCAUCUGGGAGCUCAACGAGUGGUGCCACGUCAAAUGGUGCCACAACGAGUCUCAGCAACUUCCAUCAGACGCCAGCGGUCUCAGCGGCAGCCAGCCAGCCGCAGCCACCGCUACAGCAACAAAUGUCGCCAGAACUGAGCGAGGCGCUGCGGCUGGAGCAUGCCCUGAGGCUGGAUCCGCGUGCCCUCACAUUCACUCUGUCUAGUCAUGUACAACAACAACAACAGCAACAGCAACAACAACAACAAUCAGGUGGGCAGAAUCAAGCCUCCCACACGUCCUGAAGCACGGAUGUCGCCGGCGAAGUAGCCGGCGGCUAUGGCGGUAGCGCUUUGGUGCGUCUCCUUGGUAAGGACACAUCCCACCAGUCACCCAUAAUGGGGGGCUUCUUCUAGUGCGACCCGCCGGCACAUGGUCCGAAUAAAAAUUUAUAAUUAAAAAAAACUAAAAAUUAAAAAGUUAUUUUACAAUCAAAAGUAGCGGUGUGACACACUUUGAAGCACAAUAUUUUAAUUUAGAAUUUACAAAAAAAAAGAAAACAAAAAGUGAAAAUGAAAAAUUUUAAAAUAAUUUAAUAUAUUAGCUAAAUUAACUGUCUUUUUUUUAAAUAUUAUAUUUUACAUGUUUGAGGGGCAAUGCUCCUUCAAAACAAGGAUGAGGGUCUGGUGAAAAAUCACCAAUAUAUUGAUGGAAUUUUGCUUAUUUGUUAAUCCUUUUAGGCACGUACAGAAAAUUAUCAAAAUCGGUUUAGAAGUUUCUAUUUUUUGCUUCAAAAAAUGAAUUUUUAAAGCUCUAAACUGAUAAAGAUAAAUCUAAAUUGCUCCUAAUUAAGUAAUCUAAAGGAAUUGCAAAAAAAAUCUUAAUUUUGAAAAAAUCUUUUAAUUCUUUUUUUUUCAAUAUCGAUGCGAUGUAGGAGAAAAAUGAAAACAUUUUCAGAACAUUAAAAUUGUCGUUUUUUUUUUUUAGAGGAAAAGUCUGAAGGAACUAGGCUUUCUCCCAAGUCAGAAUUAAAUCAACAAAAAUAAAAGGAAUUUCUCAAAAUUAAGGAUAAUUCUUAAAGCCUAGAAAGGAACUUUGAGACCAAUUUUGAUAAAGUUAAAUAUAGGGCUCCGAAAAAUCGAACUUUUCGAUGCUUCGAAGUGUUGAGAAAAAAUCGAAGCACUGCAAAAGAACUGCUUCGUUUUUAAAAUCGUCCAUCCGCUUCGAAUACCUAAAAUGCUUCGAAGCUUCGAAUAUUUUAAAAAGCUUCGAAGCUUCGAAUAUCUAAAAAUUACUCGAAGCUUCGAAGCUUAUUCGAUUAUUCGAAUAAUCGAAGCAUUUUAAAAACGAAGCAGUUCUUUUGCAGUGCUUCGAAUACGCUUCGAUGCUUCGAAUCACCGAAGCUUCGAUGUUCAGAUCGAAAGUCCGAGCCCUAGUUAAAUACAAAGAUUUUUUUCUAAAGAUUUCUUAAAGUUAAGACUUUGAUAAAUCUUUAAAAACAAUCUUUAUGAAAAAAAAAGCAUUUAGGAAUUGAAAACAAUUGAUUACGAGACGUUCGACAAAAUUGUCUACACUGCAACGUAAUCAAUAUGAAAAACAGUUUCAAAAAAUAAAGCAAAAAUCUCAUCAAUAUUUAAAAUUAAAAGAAAUAUAAAUGUGCAAUCGUGCCAGACCCUCUCAAUGAUCUUGCAAUGGUUUUUUUUAAAUAAAAAAAAUAUUAAUUAUUUUUCACAAAAUAUUUUUCUUCUUUUAUUUAAAGAGUUUUUUUUUUUAAUUUCUGUGAUUGACUUUAGUCACACCAUCGCUCUAAAUAUUAGGGAAAACAAAUGUGAUUUGAAUGCAAUUUUUACACAAGUUCUUUUUGUAUAAUUUUUAAAAUGAAAAAAAGGAUACAAACAAAAAACACAUCUUAGAAAUAAGGGAUAAACGCCCACAUUACCUUUAUUUUUUCAAACUUCAACGGAAUCUUUUCCUUUUCAAAUGGCGGUUUGUUAUUCGAAUUGUUUAACGGAAAGAUUUAAGAGAGAUUAAAUUUUUCUUUAUUAUUUCUCUUUUUUUAGUUAGAAAAAUCUCUCGGGUUAUGUUUUUUCAUUGUGAUUUUGUGUUAUUAUAAUGGCUUUCUUAUUCUUAUUCUUUGUCAAAAUCACAUCGUGUGAACAAGUACAAGUACAAUAAAAAUUUAAAAGAAAAAAAAUGAAAACAUUAAAACAUUAGAGACAGGACAGAAGCCCCGAGAAGACGUCUCUGGGUGUGAAGAAAUAAAAACCAAUUAAAAAAAAAUAUUUCUCUGUGAAAACAUCACGAAAGAACCCUUUAGAACAUUUUGCAGAGAAAUAGAAAGAGAAAGAGAGAGCUGGACAUCAUGUAGGCAAAAAAAAAAACUAAAUAACAAAAAAAGAAACAAGCAGUGAACGUAGGGAAAGCGAUUAAAUGGACGUUUAUGGAGUUGAAUAGAUCCUUCAAUUGACCCCAAAACACUGGCCCCCCGCUAGGCUACUACUUACCGUAGUUAGCCCAAUUUUCCCCCCUCCCACGACACCCCCAUCCCCCCUGUAGGUACACAAAUUCUCCUCAUUUUUAUUUUAUUUUUAUUCUCAAUUUUGAAGCUUUACUUAUAAAAAAAAAAAACGAGACACAGUAUAUAAGUAAUUUAACAAACAAACAAACAAAACAAUCAAGGUCGCGUAGAAUUAAAUUAACAAACAAAAAAUACGAGAAAACAUCUCAAGGGGUCUUAGGCUGGUCGUUGAUAUCGUGUUAAAAAAUCUUUUUUUUUUUUUAAAGAAUUUAAGACAAUUGAAAAUAAUGGAAAAUUUUAAAAAAAGAAAAGAAAAAUCUUUAGUUCUAAAGAAUAAUUUUUCUUACAAAUCAGAUUCUUUUAUUUUAAGUUUAUUAAAAAAAAAACAAUUUGAAUUAAAUGAAUUUUGAAAAUAUCCUUUAAAAGCAUGAAGUUGAAUCUUUAACAUUAGGUCCUAACUUAAGAUCACAAAAAAUUAUUUUUUUUUUACAUUUAAAAGUUUUACAAAAAAAGUAAAACAGCAAAAAUUUUGAAUCCUAAAAAAGAUCUUUAAAAAAAUUUAAAAGAAAAUUAAAAAUAAAGAAAAAAGAAAAUAUAAAAAUUAUUUUUUAUCCUUUAGGCCAUUUUAGGAUUCUACAAAAACACUUUAAUAUAUUUUUUUAAAGAUUGCCUCAAUCUGUCUAUUAGAAUCUUAUAUUUUAAUAAGUUCUAGGACCCUAAUAUUUUUUCAAGAAUCUAACAAAAAAGUUUAUAAAAUCUAGACUUCACAUUCUAAAUUUUCUGGAAUAAUUUUUAGAGAAUUCUGUGUUAGGACCAAAAUAAAAAUUAAUCAAAAACGAAAAGAAAUUCCAGCAUAAAAAUUUAUAAAUACAAAAAGAAACGAACAGCCUAGACCCCAAAAUGGGAUCAAUGUGUCCGCUAAUUAUACCCCUAAUUAGGUUCAACAUCCUAAGUUUUAAAAACUUUACACCUAGCCUGGACACUAGGCAAGAGAAAACCUUUUGGUUUAACCCCCCAGAAAACCUUUU